CGCCCAAAUACCCGGCGUCCUUGCUGCGGAAGUGAUGCUUGUAUCCUGGUAUCCCGGCGCUAGAUCAUGCUCCGCUGCCCCAGAGGGACCCGGGAAGUCCCUUGCUGAAUGUACACGAGCGUUGAUGAGGUCCAGACUACACUGGGACCGGUUCGCGGACUUCUCGCCAGGACUUUCUUUUUUGGGACCAUCACAACCGAGCAGCACCAUCGUCCGGCCCUCGGCUGCCAAGGUGCGUUGCGAUCAGGCCAUACACUCUAUGACAUUUCCGUCCCGAUUAGCUCGAGGGCUCCGAUCUGUAUCCUGCGGCGCCUCCGCGUGGCUGGCGAGCUUGUCGUGCAAGGAUCUCGUCGAGAUGGAGCUCCACAAAGACCACGACAUCGAAAUGAACCCGCUCGGCCGGGCACGCAGCGCCCCAGAAGGAAACCCCUUCGCGCCGUACGGCGGGAGAAGCAUCAUCUCCUCCGCCGGAGCUCGCCCCGGGUCCAGCCGCUCCGUCCCCGGCGGGACCAAGAGCGGGAGCGGCACCGCGGCCGGCGCCGGAGGCAUGAGAGCACGCGUCGAUCGCUUCAUCGACUCCUUCAAGCGCGAGGACGGGUCGAGCGAACGCUCCCUGCGCCGCGGAUCCAGGGACAUAGACGGCUACCACGACGAUAUCAGCGACGGAUACGACGCAGGGAGGCGGCCCCCGGCAGGAACAGCAGCAGCAGCAGCAGCAGCGACGGGAGUCGUCCGCGGAAACGGAGGGGCCCGGUACUACGACCUGCGCGCCGCCAAUAUCCGGACGGCCAGCUCGCUGCUGGCGAGGGAGCUCAAGGGCCGCCACCUGCAGAUGAUCGCCAUCAGCGGCUCCAUCGGGACCGGCCUGUUCGUGGCCUCGGGCCAGGCGCUCAGCCAGGGCGGGCCCGCCUCCGUCCUGGUCGCUUACCUCCUCGUGGGCGUCAUGCUGUGGUGUACCGUCCAGGCCCUCGGCGAGAUGGCCGUCGUGUUUCCCGUGGCCGGCUCCUUCUCGGCCUAUUCGACCCGCUUUCUGGACCCCAGUUGGGGGUUCGCCAUGGGCUGGAAUUACGCCCUGCAGUGGAUCGUGGUGCUUCCCCUGGAGAUCAUCGCCGGCGCGCUCACGAUCCGAUAUUGGAACCCAGAGCUGAACUCGGCCAUCUUCGUGACUGUCUUCCUACUCACCAUUGUCGCUAUCAACCUGUCGGGCAUCAAGGGGUACGGCGAGGCCGAGUUUAUCUUUGCUAUUGUCAAAGUCACGGCCGUCGUCGGGUUCAUACUCCUAGGAAUUGUGAUUAAUAUUGGCGGCACCCCGACAAGUGGCUACAUCGGGGGCAAGUACUGGCAGGACCCGGGAGCCUUCAACAACGGCUUCAAGGGCCUAUGCACCGUCUUCGUGAAGGCCGCCUUCGCCUUCGCCGGCACCGAGCUGGUCGGGCUGGCGGCGGCCGAGACGGCCAACCCGCGCAAGUCGCUGCCAACGGCCAUCAAGCAGGUGUUCUGGCGCAUCACCCUCUUCUACAUCGUCUCGCUCGUGCUGGUCGGCCUGCUGGUGCCGCACGACGAGGCGCGCCUGCUCGGGGCCACCAGCAUGGCCGACGCCUCGGCCAGCCCCUUCGUCAUCGCCAUCGAGAGCGCCGGCGCCACCAUCCUGCCGUCCGUCAUGAACGGCGUCAUCCUGGUCUCGGUCCUCUCCGUAGGCAACUCGUCCGUCUUCGGCUCCACCCGCACCCUCGCCGCCCUCGCCGACCAGGGCCAGGCGCCCCGCAUCUUCGGCUACGUCGACCGCCGCGGCCGCCCCCUCGUCGCCGUCCUCGCCGUCUCCGCCGUCGGCCUGCUGGCCUACCUGGCCGCCGACCGCCGCACGGGAGCCCACGGCGGCGGCGGGCCAGUCUUCGACUGGCUGCUCGCCAUCAGCGGCCUCAGCACCGUCUUCACCUGGUCCAGCACAUGCCUGGCGCACAUCCGCCUGCGCCGCGCCUGGGCCCGCCGCCGCCGCUCCCUGGCCGACCUGCCCUUCCGCGCCCAGGCGGGCGUGGUCGGCAGCUGGAUCGGCCUCGCCUGCAACCUGCUCGUGCUGGUCGCGCAGAUCUGGGUCGCCCUCUCGCCGCUGCCCCGUGACGACGACCGGCCCCGGACGGGCGCCGAGCGCGCCGAGACCUUCUUCCUCAACUGCCUCGCCCUGCCCGUGGUCCUGGUCUUCUGGCUCGGCCACAAGCUCUGGUUCGGCACCCGCUUCGUCCGGCUGGACGACAUGGACAUCGACACCGGCAUCAGGGACCUCGGCAGGCUGGGCGGCAUCAUCAAGGCUCAAGAGGAGGAGGAGCGGCGGAGCUGGCCGAGGUGGAAGCGUUUCUAUCGGCUCAUCUGUUGAAUGGCUAAGGCGUCACCGGUUUAUAUCUCAAUAUUAACCGCAUGUUGUUAUUUAUGGUGUAAUUACCAUAUGUACAUUAUUACUAUCUUUCACUUAUAAUGAGAACCAAAUACGGG